CGCUCUCCGGAGGACUGCAGGGUCAGAGCACCUCGUCCGUGAGCUCCGAGAUCAAAUCUGAAGACGAGAGGAGACGAAACCUGCAGGACGGCAAAUCUCUGGAGGGCAAGAAGGAGGACCUGGACGGCAAGGACCUGAAAGCUCUAGAGAGCAACAACGACGACGAGGAUCUGACCCCGGAGCAGAAGCUGGAGCGGGAGAAGGAGCGGCGCAUGGCUAAUAAUGCGCGGGAGCGUCUGCGCGUGCGCGACAUUAACGAAGCCUUCAAAGAGCUCGGCCGCAUGGUGCAGCUGCACCUGAAGAGCGACAAACCCCAGACCAAGCUGCUCAUCCUUCAUCAGGCCGUCGCCGUCAUCCUCAGCCUGGAGCAGCAGGUCCGAGAGCGCAAUCUCAACCCAAAGGCGGCGUGUCUGAAGAGGCGGGAAGAGGAGAAGGUGUCAUCAGACGGCGCUCCUCUCUCAUUGGCCGGCGGUCACCACAGCAUGGGCGAGGCGUCCAAUCCCAUGGGACAAAUGUCGAAGCUGCCAGAAUUCAUCAAAAUGAUGAGCGAUCACUUCCUUUGACAGCGUUAUUUCUGCUCCGACCGUCAGUCAAACAAUCAAUCGACCGACCGAACGAACGAACGAACGAAUGAACUUCCAUCCAUCUGACCAACUCCUGCGUGUUCCCGUUCCUGACUGCGUCUGUGAGGAUUUAUCCUGUAAAUUAGGGAGUGGGGCCGGAUUCGUUGUGCAUAUCUUCCUCCAAGCAUUCCCUGUUGCAAAAGAAGACGUUUUCAUGUUUGAACACACACACACACACACACAAAAGAGCGACGGGCGAUUCUUCAAACAUAUCAUGAUGUUGUGGAGGUGUGGAGAGCAGCCGUCUGAUUUCGAAGGCAAUCCUGUCCACACUGUGGAACUUUAGUAGCUGUGCCUCGCGGAACUCCUCACGGAAAAACAGAAUUAGGAAAUUCCCAAUCAAUCGGACGAGAGGAGCUGUCAAUCAAACGACCCAGACGGGAAACGGCUGUAGAAUCUGACAAUACCCUUCAAACCUUUGCAAUAAUCUUGUUUCAGUUCCUGUGAAACCAGCAGAUCCCGACAGUUAAACGUUCAGAGGCCGUUCUGGAUUGGAACUGCUUUGGGCUCGUUUCGCAAACUUUUUGCGGAUCGCCUACGGAAGUCAUUUAUCUCCGUCUAUUCGUUUGUUUCUAGCCAUCGACUCUCCCGAAAGCCCUCCCCGGACCCCGAAGAUGCAAUUUUAACAUGUCGAAACUACAACCAAACGUGCCUUUUAGAGCUCAUAUCAUCACACAACUGGAGGAGAACAUUAUCUAGGAUGCAAGCGUAUAGGAAACGUUAGUUAUUAGGUCUAUGCAGUCAGGUUUUUUAAGACCUGGAGUUUAAAAAAAAAAAAAAAAAAAAGUAAAAAGGUAAAAAAAGUAUUUUUUUGGAUAAACUGUAUUUAAUGUACUGUACGGCUAUAUGUAAUUAGAAGGUGUGUCCAGCCCCGUGUGGCCCCGCCCACAGCCCCGCCCACCUGUCACCGUCGUUAUUGAGCAUUGUAUUAUAGAUAUCCGCUUUUACGAAUACAGGCUUGUUGUUGAGCCGCUGUAGUACAAAUGUGUGGUUGUACGUGUAAAAUGGCUUUUUCUCUUUUUUAUCUCUCUAUUCUUCGUCUGUACUGGUUUCUCUGUCAAAAAAAAUGGGAAAAAAUGGACGGGAGGCACUGAAAGUGGACACAAAUCUAUUAGAAAAUCGUUAUAUAUAAAUGUAGAAAUAUAUACAGUAUAUAAAGAGACGGAAAGGAGUUCACAUGGAGCGGUUUUUCAUUCUUUAAAGCCGAGCGGAGACGUCACCAAACGCCGUCUGCUCCGAGAGACGUGACUCUAUUUUUCAUAACGUCACCGCGAUCGUAACGAAGGCGAGCGAUGCUCUCGCGAAAACCGCUGACGAAGGGAAACACACACGGACAUUUGUAAAUUGUAUGCAACAAAUGCAAACGUACCAUUAUUUUGAAAUUGUGUAUGUAAAAGUUAUAUUUUUACAUGUAGGCUGUUGUUAUUCUGUGUUUAGAAAUGCGUUGUAUCAGUUCUUCUCUUUUGUUUUUUCAGAAAAAAUACUUCAUUGUGUGUUGAAACGUGUCACAUUGAAAAUGUAGUGAAAACAAAAGCAAAAAAAAAAAAAG